AUGUCCGACUCACAGGGCCAAACGAUCACCACCAUAUCGGUCAUAUUUGGGAUUCUCAGCGUCCUUGUCAUGGCUUUGCGUCUCUACGCUCGAGUAUUCAUCCUUGGAAAGAUAGGUCUGGAUGACAGUGAGUUUGUCUUUUCAUAUCCGACUUCGCAAGCUAAUAGGAAGCANGUUCUGAUCUGUAUCACGGCUCUUCUCGCGUGGGCUUUCAUCGUUGCCACAAUCGUUGCGGUCCAACAUGGACUGGGCUCACACUUUGACGAGGUCAGAGCGAGGGGCCCUAGUAAUCUGAACAGCUACAUACAGACCGUUUGGCUGUCUUCAAUCUUCUACAACGCUUGUCUGGGCUUUCUGAAGUCCUCAAUCCUCGCAUUCUACCUUCGACUUGGAGAUACCCAACUCAAGCGUCUUGCGCAAAUUCUGCUAGCAGUUGUUGUCUGCCAGGCUAUCGCCAAUGUUUUCACAUGCAUUUUCCAGUGCACACCCGUUGCUGCGGCAUAUACAUUAGAGCUCCAGACGACCGCCAAAUGUAUCAACAUCUCGGCGUUCUAUCUGACGAACGCGGCGUUGACGAUCUUGACGGAUUUGUUGACUUAUAUCCUGCCGUUCCACUUGGUUCGCAAGCUACAGAUCACUCGCAGACAGAAAAUCGGUCUAGGCAUUAUGCUCGGGCUCGGCCUAUUUAUGCUCUUCUCAAAGGACCCGACCUGGACCAUUUCAGGACCCAUGUACUGGAGCGUGAUCGAGACCAACGUUGGAAUUCUGACCGCGUCGAUGCCUGCAUUCAAAGCCAUAACCAAGAAAUUCGCACCCAAGCUAUUGGGCGGCUCCUAUGACUCUAACCGACACCCAUCGCGAUCUGUACACGUCAAAGUCGGUAGCAGCGGCUUUCACAAGAUGGGAGGUACUGCUGGAAGCCACCAUAUAGCCCUCGACACGAUUGACCAGGAUCUGGGCAUGUCAAAAGGUCGUUUCCAGACUACUAUAAACCAAGACACCGACAGCGUGUCAAGUGAAGAGGCAGCUCUACAUCCGCCAGACAGAAUUGGUGUGACGAGACACGUCCACGUAGAAGGAGAAUCUCGAAGCGUCUUCGAGGAGAGAAACUCACUCGGCUCCCAGAAAGACCACAGGGAACUCUCAUGA